UAAACAUACUCUCGGCACAGAGAUUUCGUAAAACCGCCAUUAAAAUCCCCAAAUUCUCCUUCGAUUCCCAAUCUUCGUUCUCUCCUCACAGAAUCAUCAAAUCAAACCCUAAUCCCAAAAUAAUGGAUGCCAAAGCCCCUCAGUUUCAGAUCUUCGUCGAAUCCCCAGACCUCCAAAUCCCAAUUCGCGCCCUAACCUUAUCCCCCGCCCACACCCUCCGCCAGCUCAAGCUCUCUCUCUUCCCCCAAACGAAAACACUAACCCAGUUUUUACCCUCUCUCUUCUUCACCUUCAAUGGCAAACCCCUUCCGGACUCCACCACCCUUCAAGGUUCCCAAAUCACCCCCUUCUCCACCCUCACCCUCCGAGGCCGCCUCCCCGGCGGCGGCGGCGACGGAGGCUCCACCUGCGCCGAGUCCCGCGACUGUUACCUCAACAUGUACGCCGUUAAGAAACCCGAUAAGGUCGACCCGAACGAGCAGCGGCUGUCGAAAUGGUUGAAUUGUGCGCUGUCGAACGAGCCCUUGAAGCAUCCGGUGGUGAUAGAUUUUCUGGGGAAUUUGUUUAAUAAACAGGCCCUUGUUGAGGCUUUGUUGGGCAAGAAGCUGCCCAAGGCGUUUGGGCAUGUUAAGGGUUUGAAGGACAUGGUUUCGGUUGAGUUGUCGAUGAUUCCCGGGUUGGAAUCGGGUGGCGAUGUGAUUGGUGGGACGAGGUUUCAGUGCCCAAUUUCGGGUUUGGAGUUUAAUGGGAAGUGUAGGUUUGUCGCGUUGAGGACUUGUGGGCAUGUUUUGAGUGCCAAGGCAUUGAAGGAGGUUAAGUCCUCGGCGUGUUUGGUUUGUCAUAAGGAGUUUUCAGAGAGCGAUAAGAUUGUGAUUAAUGGGAGCGAGGAGGAGGUGGAGAAGUUGAGGGAGAGGAUGGAGGAGGAGAAGGCGAAGGUGAGGGAUAAGAAGGCGAAGAAGGUGAAGAAUGGGGAAGUGGGUGCCAUUGGGGAAGUGGGUGUCAAUGGGGAGGAGGGUGUUUGUUUGGAUUCGUCGCGAUUGAGUGGUAAAAAGCAUGGUUUGAUCGAGUCUAAGGGUUUGGCUAAAGUGGAAGGGAAUGGGAAGGUUGGUAAUGGUGGGGAAUUGAGAAAGGGUGUUAGUAAUGGGUUGGCAAAACGAUUCAAGGCGGGUGAUAAUGCACCGGUGAAUGCCACCAAGGAGGUGUAUGCUUCUAUUUUCACCUCAUCGAAGAAGUCUAAUUUUAAGGAAACAUACAGUUGCAGAUCUCUCCCCCUUGGUAGGAACUGAUUGGAGACCAUUGUGAGUGGUGCAAGUGCUGCACUUGGGUGGUCAGAAGCCUUAGAGAUAAGCCAAUUGCUUGUCUUUCUGUAAGUUCAUACUGGCUUUUGAAGUCUAUCUGAAACAGCAGCAUUUCGGUGCUAGACAGAUGUUGAAAAUGGUGAGGAAGCGGCAUCGUUUUACCUUGCAGUGCUUUCUAUUUCUAAGGAUGUGGCUGAGAAAUACUCCGUAGAACGAGUAUAUAACAGCUCUUUUAGUGCGUUUUCGCAUUUGAAGAAUUAUUUCAACUGCAAACGACAGGUCCGUUUAGUACUACUACUACAUUGUUAUAGAACAGAAAUUCAGAUGUCUUUGUUGAACUACAGAAAGGCAUUCUGUACUUGUUUA